GAACACCGCCGCCGCCAUGAAGCUGCUUCUGUUUGUCUGCGUGUGUGCGCUGGUGGCUGCCGAGCCGCAGCCGGGCGUCCCGUCGACGCCGCAGCUGGCCGGCGUGCUGACCAACCUGUACCGGCGCUUCCUGCACACGGUGGCCCCCAAGCAGCUCGAGCUGCAGGAUGCGCUCGAUAUAAAGUGGAGCGAUGGAUUCCUCGCAGGACCUGCCUUCUAUUCUCCGAUCAAUGCCACUUUUGACGGCAAGGAGAGAACUGCGUUCUCCUUCAUCAACUUUCUGAUCAACCCAGGACAGGCGGGCCACCUCGGCCAGGGGAGCUGGGUGAAGAACGACGUCUCCGAGGUGGUUUUUAUGUACCACUACGGAGCAGCCGUGAAGGUGCAUCUGAUCUCCGAGGACGGCAGCUACAGAACGGAGGUGAUGGGAAACCCGCUGGAUCACAAGGGCUCCCAGUUCCUGGUAUACGUGCCACGGGCCACCUACAGCGUGUUCGAGUCGCUGUCGAAAGACGAGGCCACCUUCCACUCCUACAUUGACAUACCAGCGUGGUCCAGGGAGCAUCACCAGGAGUUUUCUGCCGAGGAGAUGGCGACCACCUUCCCUCAGCACGCGCAACUGUUCCAUCACCUGGCCAAGCCGGGACACCACGGCGACACUGCCCGACGUUAGACCUGGGGACAGCCGCGGCCCGCCGUCACUGAUGUCGCGCUGCAGGCACCGUCCUGACGCCACUAUCCUGCGCUGAUGGCGACUGUAUCAUGGUGAAGGUGGUUUGACCUGUAGGCUGUGGUCUGUUACACCAGCUAGAGUUUUAUUCAUGAAUAAAUAAAAAGGAAAGGCGGUGUAGUAGUUGGCACGCCCUUUCAUAAAUGAAACACAUCUAAGCUUCCAAUAUAUUUGUUACUGAUGAACCAUAUUCUGGUCACGUGAAACAUCCUCGCUCCCUUGCACCUCGCAGCUGUAGAUAAUAUGAUAGGCAUAACUUUCUACAUAAAGGAAAUGUUUUAAGGUGCAUAUUGAGCAAACGCUGGCACAGUCAAUGACUACGUUUCCAUGACACGUCUAAUUCGAUUUAGCGAAAUUUCACGUGCAUUUUUCUCGGAAACUAUUACCUUAUGCAAAAAAUGAGCGUAUAUAUGGUUUUAGCUAGCACCUUAUCCUAUACUUAUAUUUUAAAAUCAUGCCUAAAUGCUAUGAUGGAGCAAAUCCAGUUUUCAAAAUCGGCUUAGCUUGUGCCAUGGAAACGUAGCCAAUAUAAUAAUCAGAUUAAUGCCUGCAAAAUAUCGAUUUUCUAAUAUGGUCCGUCAGUUUGGGUUUUACAUCUUAUGUGUUUGAAGUUGAUAGCUUUCGGUCAAGGCUUAAACUUUUUUUUUUUUUACUGGCGUGUCAGCAAUUUUUUAAGAUUUCCCGUUCACAUAGGCAGUUCACGAUGAAAAACUACACGUAGGUAAUACGGCGCAGAGCUGAGAAUCAACGUGCAAUAUCCACUGGAUAAAACUGAUAAAUUAAAAAAGCGAAGAGAGUCUCUUAAUAAGAAUGCUCAUUUUGGCUGCAUCUUGCACGUUGUUUACAUAGAAACCAGCCCCGCGGGAGCCCCGUGGUCUGAUCAUUAUCGCAUGUUCAUGGCAAACCAGGCAUCACGAGAGCUGACUGUUGCCAAAAUCCUGAUCAAACGCAGACCAACACGGAUGCCAUCACGAUGUGUACUUUAUGCACAUGACAACAGGCCGGCGUGUGGGUUGAGCUGCGGCCAAAGAUCGGGGCCCGCUCACUAUAUAACCCCCCGGCCCGGAGCAGUGGUGCACUCCUCUCACUCGACGCCAUGAAGCUGCUCCUGUUUGUCUGCGUGUGUGCGCUGGUGGCCGCCGAGCCGCAGCCGGGCGUCCCGUCGACGCCGCAGCUGGCCGGCGUGCUGACCAACCUGUACCGCCGCUUCCUGCACACGGUGGCCCCCAAGCAGCUCGAGCUGCAGGAUGCGCUCGACAUCCACUGGCGCGAGGGCAAAAUGGCCGGGCCCCGCUUCGUGUCUCCGGUCAAGGGAACCUUCGACGGUGUCGAGGAGCCGACCUUCUCCUACGUGAACAACAUGAUCACCCCGGGUCAGAAGGGCUUCUUCGGCCGGUGGACCAAGCACGAGACGUCGGACCUGCUUAUCACCUACCACUACGGCGGCUCCGUCAAGGUUCACAUGCUGACGUCCGGUGGAAUUCACAAGGAGGUUAUCCUUGGCAACCCCAUCUACCACAAGGACCACUCCGCCAAGUUCAACGUCAUGGUGCCCAAGAACACGUACUGCAUCUUCGAGUCCCUCUCGGAGGAAGAGUCCACCUUCAGCUCCUUCGUCGCCGUCCCCGCCUGGGACCCGACUCACGCUCACUACUACACCGAGAAAGAGAUGGAGGUCAAGUUCCCCGCCUUCACCGAGCUGUUCCACGAGCUCUCCAAGCCCGAGGUGCACCACGAGGAUGGCUAUUUCGAGGAGCACGGUCACUACAAUGAGGAGCACGCCGAGCCCGAGCACCACGGAUACCGCAGACGCUUCCGCGGUCGUCAGGGCAAGGGCAACUUCUUCUACUAAAGGAUAACUGUUCACUGAGUGCAACUCUUUUACUGGUUAAAUUGUGAAUCCUGUUCAAUUUAAACGCUCAUUUUUGUCGGUUGAUAAGUGCGUUGUGAGGUGCUGCAAAUACAUGUAUAUCUGCAUGA